AUGGCCAAAUGGCCAUCUUAUAGCGGGAACCAGAUAUACGUGCCGGACACCUCAGUGCCAGAUACUUCAGUGCCGGACUCAUGUCCGCCUUGCUUCAACUGUAUGCUGCCGAUGUUUGCGUGCAGCCAGUUCUCGGAGUGUGACUCGUACACGGGCCAGUGUGAGUGUAUCCCCGGGUUCGGCGGGCUCAAUUGCUCCGAUGCCCUGUGCGGGGCGCUGGACUUGCCUAACAGAGAUAGGCCACCCAGGGCCCAGAACUUGACCUACGGCAGGGACAACUCCUGCGCGUGUGCGGACGGCUGGGGUGGCAUCAACUGUAACCUGUGUCAGAGAGACGACGUGUGCGACUCGUUCAUGCCGGACUCGUCCUUGAAAGGUACGUGCUACCGCGGAGGUGCCCUCGUGCACAAGGUAUUCCAAGGCUGCGAUGUGACCAACGAGAAGAUACUGCAGGUGCUGCAUGGGCAGAAGCCGCAGGUCACCUUCAGUUGCGACAGGGCAAAAGAGGAGUGCAACUUCCAGUUCUGGGUCGACCAGAUUGAGAGUUUCUACUGUGGCCUCGACAACUGUACUUUCGAACACAACAUAAACGACAACACCACCCACUACAAGUGUGCCAACGCACAGUGUAAGUGCGUCCCAGGGACUUUGCUGUGCGGGCUCAAGGGCUCCAUUGACAUCUCGGAGUUCUUGACCGAAACCAUCACGGGACCCGCAGAUUUCGCUUGUGAAAGAGACCAGGCCUCCGACAAGAUUGUACAGAACUGUAAGUUCAGCGAGCCUUCGAUGAACGACUUGAUAUCAACUGUGUUCGGCGACCGCUACAUCACUUUGUCGUGUAACUCAGGGGAAUGUGUACACCACAGCGAAAUUCCUGGGUAUAAGAUACCUUCCAGGAGUCCCGAUAUGACCCUCAAGGGAAGACUCAUGCUGGCUUUCACUUCGCUGGUUGUCCUGGUAGGUGUAAGCUUUGUCGCGUGGUAUGUGUCUCAAUCACCGUUAUUCAAAGCAGGUAGUAUUCAAUUGCUAAAUGCUGACUCAUUACUGGUCAAUGGAUCGGCAGAUGAAACUGAGAAUUUCUUGCAGUCUAGUAAAUCCGCAACGCUUACCUUCGAAAACAUCAAUUAUUAUGUCGCAGCAUCUGCCAACUCCAGAUCUGAUGAAAAGCAAAGAGUGCUGAAUGAUAUAUCCGGACUGGUUAAACCAGGUGAGAUAUUAUCCAUUAUGGGUGGAUCAGGUGCUGGUAAGACCACGUUGCUAGAUAUCCUAGCAAUGAAAAGGAAAACCGGUGAUGUCAGUGGCUCCAUAAGAGUCAAUGGUAAGGUAGUGUCGAGAAAGGACUAUACAAAGCUCAUUGGUUUUGUAGACCAAGAUGACUAUCUGUUGCCAACUUUAACCGUUUACGAGACUGUUUUAAAUAGCGCCCUGUUGAGACUUCCAAGGACAAUGUCCUUUGAAGCAAAACAGGCUCGUGUUUUCCACGUAUUGGAAGAACUAAGGAUAAUGGAUAUAAAAGAUCGUAUUGUUGGUAAUGACUUUGAAAGGGGUAUCAGUGGUGGUGAAAAAAGACGUGUAUCUAUUGCGUGUGAACUGGUUACAUCCCCAUUAGUGCUGUUUUUGGAUGAACCUACCUCUGGCCUCGAUGCAAACAACGCUAACAAUGUUAUUGAGUGUCUUGUAAGACUGGCAAGAAAUUAUGAUAGAACAUUAGUUAUGUCAAUACAUCAGCCAAGAUCUAACAUAUUCUACAGGUUCGAUAAGCUGGUCUUAUUGAGUCGUGGUGAAUUGGUUUAUUCUGGAGAGGCUUUAAGAGUUAAUGAGUUUUUGAAAAACAAUGGUUACCAAUGUCCAUCAAAUUACAAUAUUGCAGAUUACCUUAUUGAUAUAACUUUUGAGUCUGGAGACAAGAAGAAAAAGAAAUCAAAAGCUAGUCAUAUUCUAAGCGAAAUAUUACCUGACUUAGAAGUUGGAACACCAGCGAACGAAGAUGGUCAUGAUCAUGCAGCAGAAAUACUCGGUGGAGGAGACGAUAGAAGUGGAUCGAUUAGUACUGCUACCCAGAGGGAAUGGGAGCACUAUGCAACUCACAGAGAAGAAAUCAGUACCUUACUGCGUCAUGAAACUGAAGAAAAUCUAGAAAAUGAAAUACAAAGUGCGGGGGACUUAAACACCAUAAUAUUGUCAAAGAAAUUUAAGGAUGGCCAAUAUUAUGGAGAAUUAAAGUUUAAUAUUGAGGAGAUUAAGAGAGAAGCAAACCCAACUGGAGAAACAAACACUACAUCCGAAACCAGUAGCACAUCUUUCGAGAUUCCUACUACUUUGAAGGCAGCUUCCUUUUCUGAGCAGCUGUCCAUUCUUUGUUCAAGGUCAUUCAAGAAUAUAUAUAGAAACCCUAAACUUUUGCUCGGUAAUUACUUACUCACUGUUUUGCUAGGUGUUUUCUUAGGAGUAUUAUACUAUAAGGUUGAAAAUGAUAUCAGUGGUUUUCAGAACCGUAUGGGUUUGUUCUUCUUUAUUCUGACAUAUUUUGGCUUUGUAACUUUUACAGGCUUAAGUUCGUUUGCUUUGGAGAGAAUUAUUUUCCUUAAGGAGAGAUCGAAUAACUAUUAUUCCCCAUUGGCAUAUUACGGCAGCAAAAUACUUGUUGACGUUAUUCCAUUGAGAGUGAUUCCUCCAAUCCUGUUGUGUAUGAUCGUUUACCCACUAGUAGGUUUGAAUAUGAGAGAUGAUGCAUUUUUCAAAUGUAUUGGUAUUCUGGUUCUUUUCAACCUUGCUAUUUCGAUGGAGAUUUUGACAAUUGGUAUAAUAUUUGAAGACCUAAAUAACUCGAUUGUCAUAAGUGUCUUGGUUUUACUAGCCUCAUUACUUUUCAGCGGUUUGUUUAUUAACACAAAAGAUAUUACAAACAUGGCUUUCAAGUAUCUCAAAAACUUUUCAGUGUUCUAUUAUGCAUACGAAGCUCUGUUGAUAAAUGAGGUAAAAACCUUGAUGUUGAGAGAAAGAAAGUAUGGAUUAAAUAUUGAGGUGCCCGGAGCCAUUAUUUUAAGCACAUUUGGAUUCCAAGUACAAAAUCUUGUAUUUGACAUAAAAACUCUGGCAUUGUUCAACGCCAUUUUCUUGGUGUUGGGCUACUUAGCAUUGAAAUUAAUAGUAGUAGAACAAAAAUAG